AUAGAGAAAGGACAUGGAGAAAGGUGUGUACCGGUACGAUUUGCUAUAGACGACAACCGAAUAACGUCACUGGAGCCCCUGACACUCCAGUGGCCGAGGCGAAGAGGGCGGAGGGCUGACGGAGUAGCCGUAUAAUAUUUUGAGCAUCCGCCGCGCUGCGCCCGUUGCAAUUCGAGAUUCCCCCUUCGUCUUAUCCCUCCUCCAACCUCCUAUAAUUUGCGGAGCGGGAGGUAGUGCGAGUUGCGACGAUGACGCUCGGACUGCCGCUUUCGGGAGAGAUUGGAGGCGUCUCCUUCUUGGAGUCCUGCCGGGGCGCCUUUACCCAGCGCAAAGUGUGCCUUCCUUUGGGACAAAAACAAAAGGGAGCAAAAAUUCAAUUCUGGAGAGCAAGUUGUUCCAUGCAGCAGGGGCCUCCACCGGCCUGGCCUGGCCGAGCUGUUGAGGAACCGGGACGCAAGACUUGGGAUGGGCCAAAGCCUAUUUCAAUUGUUGGAUCCACUGGGUCAAUUGGAACUCAGACAUUGGAUAUAGUUGCUGAAAACCCAGACAAGUUUAAGGUUGUUGCUCUUGCAGCUGGUUCCAAUGUGACACUCCUUGCCGAUCAGAUAAAGACUUUCAGACCUCAACUGGUUUCUGUGAGAAAUGAGUCACUGGUUGCUGAACUUAAAAAGGCCUUGGAGGAUGCUGAACACAAACCUGAAAUCAUUCCUGGAGAGGAAGGCAUUGUAGAGGUUGCUCGCCAUCCUGAUGCCGUGACAGUAGUUACAGGAAUAGUAGGAUGUGCAGGACUAAAGCCUACAGUUGCUGCUAUUAAGGCUGGGAAAGACAUAGCCUUGGCAAAUAAAGAAACUCUUAUUGCUGGCGGUCCUUUUGUGCUACCACUUGCGCACAAACACAAUGUGAAAAUUCUUCCUGCUGAUUCAGAACAUUCUGCCAUAUUCCAGUGUAUCCAAGGCUUGUCAGAGGGUGCACUGCGACGCAUAAUUUUGACUGCAUCAGGAGGAGCCUUCAGGGAUUUGCCUGUUGAAAAACUAAAAGACGUGAAGGUUGCUGAUGCUUUGAAGCAUCCCAACUGGAACAUGGGAAAAAAGAUCACUGUGGAUUCUGCUACCCUGUUCAACAAGGGACUAGAAGUUAUAGAAGCACACUAUUUGUUUGGAGCAGAUUAUGAUAAUAUAGAGAUUGUGAUUCAUCCACAAUCGAUAAUCCACUCUAUGGUUGAGACUCAGGACUCAUCUGUAUUGGCUCAACUAGGGUGGCCUGAUAUGCGCCUUCCAAUCCUUUACACACUAUCAUGGCCGGACAGAAUCUAUUGCUCAGAGAUUUCAUGGCCUCGACUUGAUCUUUGCAAGCAAGGCUCAUUGACCUUCAAAGCUCCGGACAAUGUGAAGUACCCUUCAAUGGAUCUCGCCUAUGCGGCUGGCCGAGCCGGGGGCACAAUGACAGGAGUCCUUAGUGCUGCAAAUGAAAAGGCAGUGGAGAUGUUCAUUAAUGAGAAAAUCAACUAUCUGGACAUAUUCAAGGUAGUGGAACUCACAUGCGAUGCUCACCGAAACGAACUCGUCGCCCGCCCUUCGCUCGAGGAAAUCGUGCACUAUGAUCUGUGGGCUCGGGACUAUGCUGCCAAUUUACAGCUCUCAUCUGGCUUGAGUCCUGUGGCUGCUUGAGACACACAUUUCCUUUAUGUAGACUGCUGGCCUCUAAGCUAAAUUAUGGUCAAUUCCUAGAGUCAAAUGGUGUUAUUGUGAUUACAAUGCACACAUUUGUAUUGCUCAAUCUUUAGGUCUCAUUUAGUUUGCAUGAAUAAAUAUUUAGCCAUUGACUUA